AUGCUGCUCUUGCCUGGGGAGUCCCAGACUCUGAGCCACGGCGGGCCGAAGCAGACCAGGCAGGAGGUGAUCACACGCAGCUAUCGAUAUGUUGACAAGUUCGGAGAACGUACCGCGGAGUUUCCGGUGGAGGCCAGCGAGGAUGUGGCAGGUGCCGUCUCGUCGGCGUCCUCCGGGCCGCUCAGGGACUACCAGGACAAGCUGAAAGCCAUCCAACUGCGGGAGAAAGGCCUUUCGAAAGCGGAGAUCGCUGAGAAGGUGGGCCGUUCUGAGCACUGGGUGAAGAGGUGGUGGCGCGAGCAUCCGGCAACCUUGGAGCGACCCGUGGGCUCCCGGGAUGUGGUCCUGCAGCGGGCGUCCCUGCAUUCCUUCCGGGAUUUGGAGAUCAGGCGAAGUUUUGCCAAAGACGCAGCUACCUACGACAGCUUGGUGAAGGAGGUCCCUUGGCGCCAGGCCAAGGUGGUCGCCAGAGAUCUGAACACAGGAGAGCUUGGACUCCGCUACAACGAGAAGGGGGAAAGCUUGAAUGCAGGUCGCCAGGUGGCCGACUAUUCGGGUGGCCUUGACUUCCUGGACAAGCUGCUUCAACGGGUGUUUUCCGAGAUGAACAUUCGAGAUCCGCAAGCCCGGAUCUUCAUGAACUUCUACGUGGACGGAAAGGACAAGGUUUCUCAGCAUCGCCACGACUUCUGGACCUGCCUGUUGUCCUUUGGCUCGCCACGGAUUCUCACAGUGGACGGCCGGCCCAUCCUUAUGCGGGAUGGGGACCUGAUCGUGUUUGGCACACAAAACCAUGGGGUCCCUGUCAUGCCAGACAUUACGGGGGGCCGCGUGUCCUUGGUGAUCUUCUUCUACCCAGAUGCGGAUAACUUGGAGCGCCAGUGGCAGACGAUUACCGAAGAAGACGACGAGGGCAAGUCCACCGUGACCGAUGCCCGAAAUAUCAGUGUUGGUAUCGACAAGCACUUCAAUCCCACCUUGCUCUGGGGCGGCGGAAAGACAGAGAAGCCCGCCGCAGAUGGCUGCGAGCAUUGUCCGGCCGAGUCGGCUUUGCAGCAGGCCCUGGACCCCACGGCCACGAAGAGGGAGUUGCUCAAGAGCCCGAAUUCCAACAUGCAGUUCGACGGUACGCAAUCGAAGCCAGCUGCUGCUGAAAUCAUUAUCUAUUCCAUCGCGACCGGCGGCCAGGUCGGCUACGGAAGCGAGGAGCGCAGAGUGGAGGAGAAAGACUUCUUCAAGUGGCUCCAGGGCCACGACGUGACGGCCUUGUGGGACCUCCGGUUCCCGCCACCUCGCGCGGGGGACUGGUCGGAGCCCACGGCCUUGAAGCGGGCCUGCGCGGCGCGGUCCAUGGGCUACCGCACUUACCCUCUCGGUCGACGUGAAGCCGGAGGCCUUAAAGGGCAUGUUGCCGCAGAGGAAGGCCGCGACGUGCUGGGAAGACUGGUGGAGGUGGCGCAGACGGCGGGUCGUGUUGCCUUCGUCGUGGCGCAGACGGCGCCUUCCACCGGCUCUGCAAGAUGGGAGGUGGCCAACGCUCUUAUGGCAACGCCAGGGAUCCGGGUGCUGCACGUCCUUCCUGGCAGCCAGCUUUGCGAGCACGUGUACGAAGUACCGGAAGGAGGGGCCCCGACGAAGCCCCAGGCUGCGGCGCCUCCGGCAGCAAAGGCCUCCGAAGUGGCGCCUGAAACUGCCCAGAAGGAUGCGGCCGAUUCGGGCGAAACAGCUGCUUGA